GUGUGGGAUGCGGCCCGGUAUCCGAAAAAUACACAUUUUCAAAAUGGCACCUACGAAAUCCAAACACUACAUCAGUGGAAGAAAGCAGGUUAUUUUGUUUGAUCCACAUGACAAUCAAAAGCUUUAUGAGGCUCACAUUCCAGAGGCAGUGUUGUCAUACAACUUGGAGACAAACACAUUCCGUAAACAGUUGCUGAUGGACAGUACAUCAAUGGUCAUGUCUCCAGUGGACAUAACCAAUCCAGCCUUUGAGAGGUUUCCAUUGUUUGGUGAAGUGCGGCCUUUAAAUUGCACGAUCGAGGAAGGCGAUGUUCUGUUCAUUCCUUCAUUUUGGUGGCAUGAAGUACAGUCGUAUCCAAAUGUACUAGAAGGACGAAACCUUGCAGUUAACUUCUGGUAUGAUCCAUUUUUGACCAAAGAGUUCCCAUGUCAGUAUUGCAAGAUGGACAUUAAUCCGAAAUACAGACAUCUCCUUUGAUCCCGUGUACAGAAUCGUCCGUGUUGAGUCUUAAAUAAUUUUAUUUUGUAAAAAUAAGUGACAUUGUGCUUAAUUAUAAAAAUGGGAGAAACUGUCGCGCUUUUAACAUUCAGCAUCACUUGAUUUCUGUUAAAAGUAUUGCCAAAUUGUCAAGAGAGUUUAUUUUAAAUGCUGUUUGGCAACUUGUAUCGUGUUCUAUUCUAAAUGUUAUAAUAUAUGUUAAUUGUAAAUCCAUCUUUUAAAUUACACCAUCAUUGAUCAGCAACACUAAUCAAUUUUUAAACAUCUAUUUUUGUUAAUCUGGGACCAUGGCCGCACUUAAAUAAAAGCAAGGAUUGGAAAUGUCUGAAUCAAUUCUACAAACGUUAAGUUUUUGCAGAGACGUAGAUAUCUAAGUCUCUGGUUUUUGUUAUGGAUAUACAUGCUUUACAUUGCCUAUGGCGUUACUGUACUGUGAUAGUUGUUUAAUUGUAUUUUGCCGUCCUGGCAUGACACACUUAUUUGGCUUUGGAGUACAUUCCGUAUAUUUUUGAGUACAUUCCUUACAGAACAAAUGUCGUUUAAAAUUGAAAUAUUAAACUAUUUUACACACUUAUAGAGUAAAAUUCGUUGCAUAGGCAUGUGUAUGACGUACAAUAAACUGUAUGAAUUAACAUAAGAACAGUGUGUUACAAAGGCAUAUGGGUGGCUUAAACAAUAAACAGUUAAGAACAUAUAAGGGUAUUUUAAUGCGCAAAGCAAAUACGUUUUAAGAAAACUAACUAAUAUAAUUUAUGAAAUAAAAACGCUUUGUAGAGAUCAAACUGAAGGGGGUUUGAUUGGUCCUUAAGCAUUUCUGGUCACGAUGUGGAGGUCAUGUCCUGCAUCUUUGGAAUCCUCUCUCACUCAUAUAUGCUAUGCUUUCUAAUUGACCCGUGUGACAGUAGGUUAUAGAAAUCUAUCAAUCGUGAAUAAGACUUGGUGUCAAUAUCCCUGAGGAAAUUUUACAUAUGGAAGAAAAGACCCGUUUUAUGAAAAGUCCCAUGCACCUUUUGGCUUGUUUUACAAGAACCAUUAUUUGAUCAAUAAUCGGCGCUUAAGCAGUUGAAGAAAGCCAAAACAACGGAGAAAAUUGUUUCAAAUAAAAUCUAACUUUU